AUGGCCACCAUUACUGACGAGAAGAACAUUUCGGUGCUGCACCAGGAAAACGCUGCCGAGACACACGUUGUUGGCCACGCAGUCAAUCAAGAAGAGCAUGACUUGACCAAGAGGCAGGCUUUUAUGCAAAACAAGAAGACGAUGGCAUGGUGCUUCUGGGUCAUCUGGGUUCUGAUCCUCGCCAGUUUCGACAACGCUGCCGGCAGCAGCAUUCUUGGUAUCCCUCAGUUUCGUAAGGACUUUGGGUCGGCAUUCGAGGGCAACUACGUCCUUCCCGCUAAAUGGCAAUCUGCUUACAGCGGUGCACCAGCUGCCUUCUCCGUUAUUUAUUCUCUGGGGGCCGGGUGGUUUGCAGAUAGGAUUGGUCGCAGAUACACCUUGCUUUCUGGAUUUCUCCUUUCGUUCAUCGGUAUAACGUUGGAAGUGAUUGCAACAACGAACGAUCUAUUCUUCGCCGGUAAAUCUAUCAACGGACUUGCUAUUGGGGUUCUUAUCAGUGUGGGAAUGACUUAUGUGGGCGAGAUUGUUCCAACAGCUUUACGCGGGCCGGCAACUUCUGCAUGCGCUCUAGCCUUUUCGUUCGGGCCAUUUGUGGUAUCUCUCCUCGUCUAUGGCACAGGAACUUGGAGCAACCGUUGGGCGUAUCGUGCUUCAUUUGUAUCUCAGUAUGGAUUCAAUGUCACCGGGCUUAUGUUUCUGCCCUUUAUGCCAGAGUCGCCUUGGUACCUUCUCAUGAAGGGUAAAGAUACAGCUGCUCUCAACUCUCUCGGUAGACUAGGCAUGUCAUCUGAGCAAGCUCAGAAGAAGCUCGCCAACAUUAGAUUGACUCUGGAAGAGAUGAAAAAAGAAACCGAGGGCGCCAGUUAUCUCGAGUCAGCACCUCUUACAAUCCAAGUCCAGUCCGGUGUAAUAUUCCUUUCAACGUACUUUUUCUAUACGCUUCAGUUAGCUGGCAUAUCCGCAGGCCAGUCUUUCGCAAUCAAUAUCGGGACUCAAAUUUUGUCAAUGGCAGGGAAUGUUUUUCCUUGGUAUCUGAUCAAUAAGGUCGGUCGCCAAUGGCUCAUGAUCAGCAGCUUGAUAUCCAUCAUCAUCCUGGAUAGCCUUUUCAGUGGCUUGAUUACAAUGAAGACAACUGAUGCCGCGCUUAGAGCCGGCAUUGCAUUCGGCUCCAUAUACGUCUUCUGCUACAACGCUUCUAUCGGUGGUGCCGCAUAUACUAUCUUGACCGAGACCGCAACACCGCGUCUCCGCGUCAAGACAAUCGCUAUUGGUCUUGCUUUUCAGAAUGUCUGGAGCACAUUGUGGUUGUUCGUCCUGCCGUACAUUUUCAACCCGGACCAAGCCAACCUCGGUCCCAAAACGGGGUUUAUCUUCGCGGGCUUGGCUGUGUUGUGUCUCGUUUUCGUCUGGUUUUAUCAGCCCGAAACCCGCGGACGCACGUACGAGGAGAUUGACGAACUAUUCGUGAAGAAGGUUCCGGCUAGAGAGUUCGAAGGCUUCGUGACGGAAGCUGAGACUCGUGGUCAAGUUGCUAAGCAGGUUCUUGAUGGGAAAAAGGCUGCUAUGAAACACUAG